AUGACUGUUCUCUUAUUCCUCCAAAUCCCUGUUAUACCAUCCAUUUCUUCUUCUUCUUCUUCUUCUUCUUCUUCUUCUUCUUCUUCUUCUUCUUCUUCUAUGCGCUAUGUCUCAUCAGGACUUUUUUCAUAUCUAUCUAUCUAUCUAUCUAUCUAUCUAUCUAUCUAUCUAUCUAUCUAUGUAUAUUCAUAUCUAAGUCUGUUCAUAUAUAUCUAUCUAUCUAUCUAUCUAUCUAUCUAUCUAUCUAUCUAUCUAUCUAUCUAUCUAUCUGAGAUUAAUCACCUACUCGUUGUAUCUGUGUCUGCGAAACUCCGAAUCGGAAUAUAUCAUUCAAAUUUCUAUCUAUCUAUCUAUCUAUCUAUCUAUCUAUCUAUCUAUCUAUCUAUCUAUCUAUCUUAUCACAAUCUCUUCAUAUCUAUCUAUCUAUCUAUCUCAUUCAAUCACUCACUCACUCACUCACUCACUCACUCACUCACUCUCUCUCUCUCUAUAUAUAUAUCCUGUCUGCCCCCUCUCUCUCUUCCAUCUCUCCCUCUCUCUGUAUAUCUAUCUAUCUAUCUAUCUAUCUAUCUAUCUAUCGAUCUAUCUAUCUAUCUAUAG